AAUGGAACCUGCUGAUUGAGAAAAAGUAGUAAACCAGGGUCUGAAGUUGGGACUAAAUGUUGAAAAUGAUUCUCGUGACCUAGAUGCUUCUUUUGUAAACAAACCCUGUCAGAAAUUCUCCCCUAGUAUUGUAUCAGAACCAUAUGGUGAAUGAUCUCCGUGAUCCCCAUGAUCCCCAUGAUGUUUUAAUGAGAUUAUUUCUGAUACCACUAAUUCUGAUGAAAUGGAUCUUUCGGAAGUUAAACCUGAGAAGAAACAAAAGUAUACUAAAUAUUCUGAUCAAUUCCCAGAAGAGCAAAGACCAAUUCAUGCUGCUAGGAUCAGAAGAAGAGGAGGACUCAGGAGACUUAAAGAGAUCUGUCUUGGGUCUUCUGACUAAAUCAUUUGCUUGAUGCCCCUAGCCAUCCUUGUUGUACAUAUAACUUAUAUGGAUAGCAAGGCUACUCAAUUUUUGCUAGAGGCUACUUGACUCUACUAUUCAUAAUGCCCAUUAAUUUGUUACUUAACUUAUGCA